AUGAAUAUCGAUAUAUCAUUGUCUUCAAAAGAAGUUGCUCAAAUUCUUGAGAGGACAUUGAAGAUAAUCGAGAAGUGUAAACAUCAGAAUACCUAUGGAGAGCAUUGUCUUACCUUUUUAAGUAACACAAUUAAUUAUUAUGUUGCCAAGUUGGAUAUCAACACCACUGAGAUGAGUGAUUUCUUUGGUAGUUUAGCAGACAAAGACAGAUCGUUAAUCAGAAAAGCAUUGAAAUCAGAAAUACAAUCAUCGGAACAACUCAACACUUUAAAUGAAAUUAAAAGUAAUUCCAUUGCAAUACAAUCGAUCAUCAAUCAAUUCUUGGAGAACAACAAGAAUAAUCUUCAGGUGGACAGACUUGCCAAGUUAUUUAAAUGCAUUGAAGUGUUGGCUGGUCUACAUUUAAUGGCCAACGAUAUUAAAUUUACAAAUAUCCUUUUAUCUCAUUACAAUUGCCUCAUUUACAAAAUGGAGACACGAGAGUUCAACCAGUAUCACUUUCACAUGGGACAUUCACCAUUCAACGCUAUAGCAUGGGAAUUCGACAGUUUACCAAAGACCAAAGAGGAGUUUGUCAGUCAUUUCUGUGAGGAUAAGAUACUGGAUAUCGAAACAUUGCAAGAUGCCAUUCAAAGUUGCGAUAAGAAUAUCCAAUCGGUUGGUACAUCGAUUUACUAUGCAAUGAGAGCAUUUAUUUUGUUCAAUGAAUAUGAUAAAAUUAUUUUAAAAAGAGUAGAUACUUUGGUGAAUCAAGCAGUGCAAAUCGACAAGUAUCAUGACAUUGAAGAGAGAAUCAUGGUUCAAAUCAUUAGAGCAUCAUUCCUCGUUCGAACCUACGCUUUCAAAGAGGCAUUGGAUCUAUCAACUUUAAUUUAUAGAUCACAUCCAAACAACGAUGCAGUAUCAGCACAAGAAGUACUCAAUACCUAUAUCGAAAGAUUGAACAACAACGAUAGUAUGAACACUCAAGAUAAAGCAACCAAACUUAUAAAUGCAAUCAAUAGACUUGGAUAUAUACAAUUGUAUGUUGGUGAUGGUGAAAAAGCGACAGAAUAUUUCAACUCUAUCUAUAAACAAGGAUUGGCAGCACCAACAUCAAAGUCGACAUCCAACUAUUUCACAAGACACGGUUUGUUCGAAGCGAAACUAAAGAUAAUGAUCAAAGAUUUGAAUGAAAUCAUUUCAAUAAACCCAGGUGAAGUCGUGUCUUUAUACAAUCGCUCUUUGUUGAAUAUUGGAUUGGCGAAAAAAGAUGAAGUGAUUCGUGACUUGGUCGAGAUUCAAUCGAUUGCCACCGAGCACCCAACACUAUUAGAAGACCCAACAUUCAAAUCAAUACUCACAGCUACGAAUAGGAUGUAUGAUAAAAUUAAAAAAACUGAAGUUAAAUACAUGAAGGUUGACAUGAGAUCGCUCCUUCGUCACGGCUAUACUUCAAUGGUUAGCUUUACGACUCAUUUCAAUCCAGACAAGAAUAAACAGCACUAUUACGAAGAACUUUCUCAAUCAUUAUCAAUUGAAGAGGAGAUGGCAAACUAUAACAAAGAUAUUCUUAAUAAAGUUACAUAA